CGUGAUCAAAUAUAAUUUUCAAAAAUACAUGAAGAAUAUACUUUUAUGCUUUGUCAACUCUUCAUCAUCUAAAUACCACCGAUCAACUUCUCUUUCUCUCCCUCUCGGUUUCACGUUAGCAAAGAUGGCAGAGAAACAGUUUGCCGAAGAAGCAGAUGUCAAGAUCAGAGCUGCUGCGGCGGCCUCGGAUCUUGAACAUAUGGCUGCUGAGUCAUCCGUGGUUCCAGACUUCGAGAGAGGUAGGUUCUACGACGUGUAUUCAGCCAGGAGGAACGAGCGGUUGAAGAGGAGGAAAGGAGGAGAAGAAGAAGAUGCUGUAGUCAAAGGAACUCUGUACAAUCUCGGAGUGGAUCCCAUGCCGACCAAGAGAAGAGGAACCUUUAAGAAGAAGAAGGCGAUGGUUGAGACAACAACAACGCCGAGGUAUUCUCUGAGGAGCACAGUUACCAAAGAUAACAAGAAGCCUCUGAGUGUCGCUGUAAGUACUAUGAAAACUGUCAGUAGCACCAGGAGGGUUAUGAGUAUCUGAUCCUGCUCUGCUUCUACUCUUCGCUUUUGCUUUGCUUUGGUGGUUCUAUCAGGAAAUCGAAGUUUGGGGUUUUGAUUUCCUUCUAUCUAAUGUUUGCAGUAUUGUUCUGCUGUCGGGAUGUCGACAUAAAUAAACCCAUGAAACUUUGUUUGUUUUGUGUAUUAUCUAUUAAAGUUGUUGUGUGUUUCAAGAUCAUAUAGGCUUUGACAUAGACACUGCCUCUUUUGAUUCCCAUCUUGAAGACAUGGACACAAACAUGUUAUUGUUUUGUUUUCUUUGUUACUCAUACAUUCUUAUCUGUCAAAUGCGUAUCUUCUUGCUUUCAGUGAAGAUAUUAUUUUCUUACUCCACAAAGAAUUUGAGUAACAUGUUUCUAGAAAAUGGGUAUCUAUAAGGCAUCAUGUUUACACAUCCCCAUCAUUGUUAAGAUGAUUAUGUAUUUGGAACAGAAUCCUAAAUACUUACUGAAACCAAUUUGGUUUCAAACGAGUAGUGAAUUAUUAUGUUACUGUCUUGCUUUUAUUGACCAAUAACUCAAGCAGUACUAGGCUGAUUUUGUGUGGUGAGUCUCUUAUGAGGUGUGAUGUUAAUCCAAUAACAAUCAUUUUUGUUUCACUUUCUCAAUUUUAUAAAUUGAUAAGAUCCAAAAACCAUUAGCCGCAUGACUCUAUAAUCGUUUUCUUUCAAAAAAAAAUAUUGAUGGGUGUCAAUAUUUUUGGUUUUUGUAAGAACAGGUAACUAAUCCUGGUACCAAAAAACAAACAAAACACUGAAAAGAACCAACAUCACAGAGACUUAAUCAUCCUCAUAAACUUCAAGGUUCUUCAACUUUGACUCCAACUCAUCAUCCUCUUCAUCUCCUUCUUCUCCAUCAGGAUCAUUCUCAUCCAAACCCCCAAGCAACUCUGCUUUUUCUUAAACAUCUCUUUAACUUCUUCAACACCUUCCUCUGAUAUGAUAUUCCCAUCUAUGUUCAACAGCUUGAAAGCUUCUUUCUUCAUAACAACCCCAGCCAAGGCCACUGCUCCAUCUCUUCUUAUGUAAUUAUUGCUCAUAUCAAUAUACUGCAACUUCGAAUGAUCCUCUUCCACACUCUUUUCUAUCUGAAUACACCCCUCGUCUCUCAGCUAAUUCUCAGACGAAUUCAACUUGUUCAAAUCCUGGUUCGCUGCUACACACGCUGCGAUAGCUGAAGCUGCUUCAGAAGUUAUAUCAUUCCCCGCCAUCUCAAGAACUUCAACGGGCGAAGCAGACUCCUUGAGAGCGUCUGCUACGGCUAUAGUUAUGAAAGUGAAGUACCCUCAGCUUCUCCGUUGAAGGAAUCAGCUCUGAAACCGCUUGUGCAGCUUCUUUAGAGAUACCAUCGUUCAUCAAAUAGAGCUCUUCCAAAGAGCUCAGAGAUUUCAAGAGCGUGCCAAACGCUCUAACACCCUUCUCACCCAACGCAUUGUCUGAUAAGUUGAGAGACGAGAGAACAUUACCUUGCAGAGCGUUCGAGAAUAGAUUCAUAACAUCAAGAGCUUCAACCUUAAGCUGAUGUUUCAGAGAAGCUAAGAUAGGCUCAGCGACACGAGCAGCUCCUAAACCAAAACUCCUAUUGCUAAAACAUAUCUGUAAAUUUAUAUAGUGAUUUUGAUAUGUAAAAAUGAGUUAUAAACUUUGGUAUAAUAAUUAAUAGAUAAUUUUUUUCAUGUAUAAACUGUGGUAAGUAAUGUUUAAAUUAUAAGUACUAACAAUAUAGAAACUGAUUUCUCAAAUAUAUUAUAGAAUUUGUACCAAUACAUUACCAAUAUUGCUUUUGUUCUAUAAUAGAAAACGUUUAUAAACAUUAGCAAAAUUAAUAAAUUACCUUUUUAAAAAGGAUAUUAUUAAUAAUAUAAACGUUAACUAAUAAUAAAUAAUGCAGUAAACAUUAUUGGUCAACCAAUUUUUAAUAAAAUUAAUUAUUUUAAAACUAUCAAAAUAUAUUAUAUUGUGAAACAUAUUCUUCUGCUUAUAUUAGCAAUUUAAACUAUAAAAUAAUUUUGUUUAAGUAAAUCAAAUGGAAAUAAGAAAGUUUAUAAAAAAUUUAUGAUCAAGUAAAUAGUUGUAUAUAUUGUUAAUAAUAUUUUAUUAACUAACCAAAAGUAAACAUUGGACUUUGUUGAUGUUUUGAAUAUAUGUUUCAAAAAAAAUUAAACUGUUUAAAAAGUAAAAAAAAAAAAACUUCGACAACUAAUGGAAACAAUAAAACACUAACUUAAUUUCUAAUACAAGCAAUUUUCAUUGAUGUUUAUUUAAAAUUUGUUUAAGAAAAAUUGACCAAGAAGAUAACUUAAAAGUAUAACUCAACUCUACUCAAACACAAAUUCAAAAAUUUAAAACUAAUUUAUGGUAACAUUUUUAUGAAUAUUCUUAACUCAAACUAAAUUAAGUCUAAAUCAUGUUACCAAUCAAAGUCUAAAUCUUCCCUUAACAAUGAAUCAAGUUU